AAUCUAUUGAACAAUAUCGGAGAUGUGAUAUAUUAGUUGUAAACACGCGACCUUUUGUGCUGUAAAUCAACCAAGAAACCUUAAAGUUUAUAAAUAUAUACACACUGGUAGUAGUAUCUUCAUUGUAACUAUUUUGUGAGAACUGUCAUAAUCGUUUAUUCCGAAAUAUUUGUGAUUAAGACUCAAGAUAUUUUACAUAUCUGCAUCUAUUUUUCAUUUCCGAUUUAUUUUUUAAUAUUUAAUUUCCGAUUUCCGUAAUUAUAGUUGAAUACAUGAAUUUAGACUCACUGGAUGUGAUGAAAACUGGAAUUUGUUGAAUUAUUGUGGAAUGUAUUUGACAAUGGAUAUUAUAUACUCAUUGUAUUUCAUGGUGACAAUAGUUUGCUUAGUCAGUGCAUAUCGGAAACCACAUAUUAUUUUUAUUGUUGCUGACGACUUGGGUUGGAAUGAUGUUGGAUGGAGAAAUCCAGAAAUAAAAACACCGAAUUUAGACAGACUUGCCAAGAAUGGAGUUAUACUAAACUCCUCUUAUGUCAGUCCCACGUGUACACCAUCUAGAAACAGUAUAUUAACGGGAGUUUAUCCAUUUAGAGUUGGAUUGCAGCAUAGUUCUUUACUACCGCAAGAUACUAGACAUCUGUCAUUGGACACUCCGACACUUCCAGAGAGGCUGAAAAAUCUGGGAUAUUCCACUCACAUGAUAGGAAAAUGGCAUCUAGGGUUCUGUGAUUGGAAGCACACUCCUGUACACAGAGGUUUUGAUUCAUUCUUGGGAUUUUUGAAUGGCGGCCAGGAUUACUACAAGCAUAAAAAAGAGAAUACCUAUGAUUUUUGGUUGAAUAAAACAGUUUAUUAUCCUCCAAAUGGAGAAUACUCAACGAAAACGUUUACUAAGAGAGCAGUUGACCUUUUCAGACAACACAAAGGAAAAAAGAAUCCGAUGUAUUUAUAUCUAUCCUACCAAGCAGUACACACCCCUCUUCAAGUUCCAAAGAAAUAUGAAAGUAUAUAUAGACAUGUUACAAAUAAGGAUCGACGAACUUAUAACGGAAUGGUAACGGCAAUGGACCAAUCAGUUGGUACAAUUCUCUCUGCACUGAGGAAAUACAAAAUGCUGGGAAAUACAAUUAUUGUUUUUACUACUGAUAAUGGAGGAGCAGCAAAUAUUGCCGGAAGUAAUUUGCCCCUCCGGGGGUCUAAAACGACAUUGUGGGAAGGCGGUACUCGUGGGGUUGGUUUUGUGUAUAGUAAGAGAUUGUUCAAGAGAAAAUACGUUCAUGAAGGAUUGUUCCAUGCUGUUGAUUGGGUACCAACAUUGUUAGCUGCUGCUGGCGGUAAACAAGACAAGAAAUUAGAUGGAAUAAACCAGUGGCCUAUGUUACGUGGAGGUAAACCAUCAAGAAGAAAUGGAUUCGUCUAUUCUAUCAGUGAAACAAGUGCUGCGAUACGAAUUGGUGACUACAAACUUAUUGUAGGAAGUCCAGGGAUUUAUAACCAAUGGUUUACAAUACCUAAAACAAAAUCGUUCUGUAACAGCGGAGAUGUCGCCGAGGAUAUAUUUUUAUACGAUAAUUUGAACAAUGCUGUCCGAAAUAUAAAGAGUUAUUUCAGUUGGAUUGGAAGUACAUUGCCUGGAUAUUCUUAUUGGCGACAUUAUAAACGAUUGAAAGCUCUACAGAAGUGUAAAGAAUUGGUUAAGGAGGAAAGACAGAAAUGGGUGUUUCCUAAGUUCCUGCUAUUUAAUAUAAAAGAGGACCCUACAGAAACCAAGAAUCUUGCCGGAAGUAAACCAAUGGUGUUCAGAAAACUAAAAGGUCGUUUGGAGAGAUACUGGAAAAGAGCUAAGAUUUUCCCCAAGCAAUCUACAUUCAGUAACAAUACUGGUAUAGUCAAUGGAGUAUGGACACCUGGGUGGUGUUAAAUGUUAGAACAUUUGAAUUCAUGGUUGUUAGCUUACAUUCACAGACGAUUGUCUUUAGUGUAGAUUCGCUAAGACUUGAAUGUCAAUGCUAAUUUCAGCAACAUAUUAUGAGUCUUAUUAGAUGAGUGUUCUGGUUUCAAGAUUUGGAUUGAUUGCUGAUUGCGUAACGUCAUCACCGCUUAGAUGUUAUAGUUUUAUUUGUCUAUUUAUAUCUUAAGAAUCAUCCUUGGUUCACAACGUUAGCCAGGAAGAGUGUUAAUUUUAUGUAGGACAGUAAUGUCUCAUAGUUUAACAGAAAGAUGUUAUUUCAGAUCAUUAUUGUAUAAAAUAGAUAAGUUUUGUUUUAUUAAAAUAUGUUUUAUAUUUCA